AUGCCAUGGCCAUUCGGCACCGGCAACAGGAAAGACGACGAUGAAAAGUCUGGCCACUCCACGAUUCCCUGGACAGAGAGCCUGAACAACACCGACUGGCAGCACUUUAAAGAUCCCAGAAAUUGGGUGCCAACCGUUCUGGUCACCACCACAAUCUUGGUGUCUCUGCAGUUCUAUCGAUCCUAUCUUCGUCGCUUCCCCGGCGCUGCUCAUGUGCAGCCAUCUUUCUUUCGGAAGCGCAGCUUGUUUGGGAAGGUUACGAGUGUUGGCGAUGGCGACAACUUCCACCUCUUUCAUACUCCUGGCGGACGCUUAGCUGGCUGGGGGUGGCUGCGGCGCAUCCCGGAGAAGAGGCCGGAAUUGAAGGGCAAAACAAUUCCCGUGCGCUUAGCCGGUAUCGAUGCCCCUGAGGGCGCGCACUUUGGCAAGCCCGCGCAGCCCUUUGCGACCGACGCGCUUGCCUGGCUGUCGGACUAUGUCCUAGGUCGGCGGGUGCGCGCAAAGAUCUACAAGCGCGAUCAGUACGAUCGCGUUGUGGCCACUGUAUUCGUCCGCCGCUUUUUCCUGCGCAAAGACGUCGGUCUGGAGAUGCUCAAGAGGGGCCUGGCGACCACGUACGAGGCAAAGUCGGGCGCCGAGUUUGGCGGACUGGAAGAAAAGUACAGGGCGGCCGAGGCGAAAGCAAAGGCGAAGAAGCUCGGCAUAUGGGGAGGCAAGCCCGAGCAUUUUGAAAGUCCUCGCGAUUUCAAGACACGCAUGAACCAGGCAGACGCGUAG